UUCGUCAUGAAAUGGAGUUCCGUGCGAAAUAAUUCCUUAACGUGAGGAAACACAGAGUGCUUGAAUGACCAUUCAAUAUAAGAGGGGGCUUUCGCUACAGAUCUAGUAAUUUACGGAACGUCCUGCAUGAACAAGACCAUGGGGCUGGAAGCUCCAAUGGUACGCUACCUUGUGCGCCUUGUCACCGUCUUCUUGUCCGGUGUUUAUUGUCAAAUUGGGGUGCCCCCCGAGUGUACUCCAGGGGGACACACACUGCUCCAGAACCCCUAUCGGAGUGUUAGCUUCAGCUCUCAGCAGCUGCAGCAUUCAGCCCUGCAGGACUUCAUCUGCGACCACUCCCUCGCUCCUGGCUGGUAUCAGUUCCAUAUCUUUGGCAAACCUGCCAGCAUGCCAACUGAAUGUGUGGAGGUAAAUCACUGCGGGACACAGGCCCCCGUGUGGCUCUCUCUGGGGGAGGGGGAAACCUUGCCACGCCCCCUGGAGGCGAAGCAGCUCACUGCUUGUGCGACCUGGCAGUUCUUCUUCAGCAGCAAUAAGGACUGCUGUCUGUUUCGCAUCCCUGUCACUGUGCGGAACUGUGGGGACUUCUAUGUGUACCUGCUUCAGCCAACACAAGGGUGCAUGGGCUACUGUGCACAGGUUAUGCCAGAGUCAAAGGCAACUGUCUGCGGCCCUGAAGAGAUGGACAUUGGUGGAAUUUGUAGAGCUAAACAUCCUCCUUCACCGUCUCUUCCGGAGAUUGUGGCAGAAACAUCAGGCCAGAGCAUCUACCUGAAGUGCAGUUUCGGGGGACAGAGUACAAACAGCUCUUUAGGGUACAUCGUGGCGUGGUCCCGUCUCUCUCCCGAGGGGCAAAAAGAGGAGCUGAAAGAAGAGACAACCAUACAGACCUUCUCCUUCAUUGAGCUGGAUGGAAUAAACCUGCGACUAGGUGAUAAGAUUUACUGCAGUUGCUCCAGCUUUUUUCUUGACUCGCCAAAUACCAGAGGGACAUCUGUAGAAAGCAAGGAGUUCUUUGCGGGGAUCAGGCUGAGUCCAGAGGUGGCAUCUAUCUCGGAGGAUGGGCGCGAGUACAAAUUGGCCAUAGAGAGCACAGUUCCCCUCCCCUGCUCUUCGGAUGACCCACUCACAGAAGAAUGCUCUCUCACUUUACACCUGAGUAUGAGCAAUCAAGGAGAGGAUCACUUGGGCCCGAACCUGGCGCUUUCUGCAUGUCAGGUAGAGCUCUCACGAUCACUCUGUGGGAAUGGGAGUUGCAGCUCAGCGACGGUCUACUUCACCGCUGUGAUAGACUUCGUCCAAGAUGGGGACAGGACCACUGAGAUCUGGGUCAAACCCAUUGUCAGUAUGAACUUCCUGUGGAGUGGUUACAUACCUCAGAGUGCUCAGAUCGAUGUAAAGGAUGUUCCAUUCGCCUACUGCUACUCUUUUACUGACCCUCAUGUUAUAACGUUCGAUGGCAGGAAGUAUGAUAAUUACAAGACAGGGACCUUUGUGCUCUACAAGAGCACGAUGUGGGAGUUUGAAGUCCAUGUUCGCCAAUGGGAGUGCGGCAGCCUACAUUUCCCAUCAUCCUGUGCAUGUGGCUUUGUGGCCCAGGACAGGGGCGAUAUCAUUGCCUUCGACAUGUGUAAUGGAGAGCAGCAGAGUGCAAGGCCACACCUCUCUGUGAAGAACAGAGACACUGUACGAAGCAGCAUUCGCAUCACAGAGUCCUACCAGGGCAGGAAAGUGACUAUCACAUUCUCAUCUGGAGCAUUCGUGCGUGCAGAUGUGGCUGAUUGGGGGAUGAGUUUGACGCUGAGGGCCCCCAGCUCUGAUUUCAGCCAUACGCAGGGCUUGUGUGGGACCUUUGAUGGGAAUCCCCAGAAUGACUUUCACAGUGUGGGCGGCAUCACUGUGCAGGAUGCAGCGUCAUUCAUUUCAUCUUGGAGACUCCCUCCUGGCAGUAGCCUGUUUGACAGCGUGCCAGCAUAUGAGAGCUCCCCAAACACCCUGCCCUACUGUAACUGUGAGCGGGAGGCACGCCAAUCAUCCGCCAGGCCCCAGUCUCAUCUGGACCCUGGUCACCUGACCUCCUGCUCUCACCAUGACAAUGUCAGGCUCCUGGGGGUGAUACCCUCUCUGGAUGUCACAGCUGAAUACAUCAACUCUGUGGAGCUUGACAGAGGGGUGGACAAGCACCAAGCCAAGGCCACCUCAAGGGGACAGGCUGUCCAGAGUAGCCAGGGCAAAGGAGCCAGGGACAGCUCUGUUCAUGUGAGGGGCUUGAAUGUGAAUGAUGGCCCCGAGGACCACUCCCACAGUCCCGAUGAGAGUCGGCUCGCUCGGAGCAGAUGGAGGCGGCAGGAAUACACGUUCGUCUCCAACUUCCCCUUCCAGAGUCUGAGUCAGACCGACCUUGAGAGCUUCACAUACUUCUUUGCCGAGGACCACGUGGUGGACAACCAACCAGAGCCCUCACCCCCACCAUCCUGGCCCACAGACUCUGGCUUGACAGAGACCCAGGCUUCUCAGCUCUGCCAGCACACAGUGGCCAACUCUAGCGUAGCUGCGACCUGCGGGCGCCUGCUGGGUGAGGCGCUGGACAGUGUGGUGGACAUGUGUGUGACAGACCUGCAGCUGAAGGACGAUCUGGCCUGGCUGGGGGGCGCACUGCCCCUGCUGGAGAAUGAGUGUGAGAGGAGGCUGGUGCAGGAGAGGGAGCGUAGUCAACACCAGGACAUCCUGUCCUUCCUCAAGUGCCCCAACCUGUGCAGCGGGAAUGGACAGUGCUCUGAGUGGGGCUGUGUUUGCUUCCCUGGGUUUGGAUCAUACGACUGCAGCAUUCUCUCUGAUCAGAUCCCAGAAAUCACAGAACUGGAGAACCAGGGACUCUGUGACGUCCGACAGUACGACUGCUCCACCGUGCGAGUGUUUGGUCAUGGGUUCAAAGACUCCUUUGAACUGAAGUGUGAAGUUGUGAAGGAGAAGUUCAUCAACGGGGAGUGGGUGCUGGAGGACCCGCAGUUCAUUCCAGCCACCUUCUUUAGUGAUACCUCCCUGGACUGUCAGCUGCCAAUAGAAAGCAGUCAGUCCACUGAUGGGCUGGACCUGGACAUGGUGGAUGACAAACCCAUCGCCAGGUGGCAAAUUAAAGUGUCCAAUGAUGGGUACAGCUUCAGUAAUGCAAAGAUCCUGACUCUGUUUGAUGGAGCGUGUCAGAUCUGCACGCUCCACACCGAGGGCCUCUGUACUCUGAAGGAAAGAACGUGUAACAUUGAUGGCCUCUGCUAUGGAGAAGGAGACCUCAAUCCCAGCAGCCCUUGCUUGACGUGCCGCCCAGAGUCUUCCAAGUUUACGUGGUCAAUCACUGAGAAAAACGAACCGCCAGUGUUCCAAUCACUCCAGACCAGGCUGCAGACCUUCCAUGGGGAGAAUUUUGUGUACCAGUUCCUGGCAUCAGACCCAGAGGGCUCAGCAGUUCUCUUUACUCUGGAAUCUGGGCCAAGGGACGCCGUCCUUUCCCCUGCUGGGCUGCUGAUCUGGAAGGUCACGUCCACUUCACCACAGACCUUCGAGUUCGCUGUGACGGACGACUGCAGCGCCGAAGCCAGGGCCUUUGUAGAGAUUACAGUGCGACCCUGCAACUGUCUGAACGGAGCUUCCUGUGUCACGGACAUUAAAUAUCCCCCGGGGAGCGGAGAGUACCUGUGUGUCUGCCCUCCAGGGUUUGAGGGGGACAGAUGUGAUGUUGACACUGAUGACUGCAGAUCCAGCCCUUGUCACUUGGGGAAGUGUGUGGAUGGACUUAACUCUUACUCCUGCAUCUGUCCACCUGGUCUGACAGGUGCAGCCUGUGGCGAGGAUGUUGACGAAUGUGCUUCAGCACCUUGUUUCCCCGGAGCUGGCUGCAACAACACUCUGGGAUCUUUCGUCUGCGGGUCGUGCCCUGCAGGAUACCAUGGGGAUGGGAGGAACUGCAGACGUAAAGAAGGUGAUGACUAUGGGCAUGAAGUAACCCCUGGGGUAAGCCCAUCUGCUGGGAGGAACCAGGGAUCUCUCAGACCCAGGACUGGUCCUGUGAUCCUGAACCCCUGCUCAAGACGCCCUUGCUUCCCAGGUGUGCAGUGCUUUGAGAGCCCACAUCUGGCUGCCGGGUACACCUGUGGGCCCUGUCCACCUGGGCUGCAUGGCAAUGGUCACACCUGUAUCAGAGGUACUUCUGGACAGAGACCUGUCACCAGCCCCGGUGAAGGAAGUCCCCAAGCAAUCUCUCCCGGCAGCUCCCAGCAUGUUCCCCUGAUCCCUUCCUCUACCUCGACUUCAAGCUCCCAGCCCAGGAGGCCCUCAGAAGGCCCCGUCUCAGGCAGCAGGCGAGUGUCACCGACCGAAAGGAAGACUCCGUCAGGUACACAUACAGAGGACAGGAGUGUCCCCAGAGCUGAAACUCCCACAGUUCACAGAGGUGUGCCUGACAGAGAGAGGGCUCAGCCUGGACAGGCCGACCUGGAACAGACGGGUCUCUUGCGCCCCACGGUGACAUGCAGUGACUCUCCCUGCUUCCGUGGCGUGCCCUGUGAACCCUCCGAAACAGGCUCCUUCAAGUGUGGACGCUGUCCAUACGGAUACACUGGAGAUGGAGUCAUUUGCAAAGCCGUGUGCCGGUACCCAUGCGGACGGAACAUGGAGUGCUCUCAGCCCAACACCUGCAGCUGCAAGGAGGGAUACACAGGAUACAGCUGCCACAUAGCUGUGUGCAGGCCCGACUGCAAGAAUCGAGGGAAGUGUGUGAAGCCGAACACGUGUGCCUGUGCCCUGGGGUACAGCGGGCCCACCUGUGAGGAAGCUAUCUGUGAGCCUCCCUGUGAACACGGGGGAACAUGUCUGGCCAGAAACCUCUGCACGUGUCCCUAUGGCUAUGUGGGACCCAGAUGCCAAACAAUGGUGUGUAACAGACACUGUGAAAAUGGUGGGGAGUGUGUGUCUCCCGAUGUGUGUAAGUGUCGGCCAGGCUGGUAUGGGCCUACGUGCAGCUCAGCUGUCUGUAAGCCAGUAUGCCUGAAUGGUGGGACCUGCAUAAAACCCAAUGUCUGCGUCUGUCCCAGCGGAUUCUACGGAGCUCAGUGCCAGAUCGCUGUGUGCAGUCCACCUUGUAAAAAUGGUGGUCAGUGCAUGAGGAACAAUGUGUGCUCCUGUCCUGAAGGCUACACCGGAAAGAGGUGCCAAAAGAGUGUGUGUGAUCCCAUGUGCAUGAACAAGGGGAAGUGUGUGGGCCCCAACAUCUGUUCCUGUGCCUCUGGAUGGAGAGGGAAGAAGUGCAGCAUCCCGGUCUGUCUGCAGAAGUGUAAGAAUGGUGGCGAGUGCGUGGGGCCUAACACUUGUCACUGUCCCACUGGAUGGGAGGGCCUUCAGUGUCAGACCGCAAUAUGCAAGCAGCAGUGUCUCUAUGGAGGACGAUGUGUGCUUCCCAACUUCUGUCACUGCCGUCCAGGCUUUACAGGCAUUGCGUGUGGGAAAAAGAGACACUGCAGGUGUGACACACGGCUGGUAGUCCGUGAGAAGUACAGCAUUGAGAGGCUGUGUCUUUAG